AUGAUCUGUUUAGUUUUUCUGCUGGUAGCAGCUGUAGCUGCCAGCGAGAAGAAAUCUACAGAACAAAAGGCUGAAGGCCUCGAGAAAAAGUUGGAUAAACGUGGUCUUUUGAACUUGGGAUAUGGAUACGGUAUUAGCGGUCUAGACGUCGGCUACAUCGGUAGUGGCCACGGAUUGGGCGGUGUAUACAACUAUGAUGAAGGAUCUUAUGCCCAUUCUGGAUACGGCAUCGACCUUGGUGGCCGCACCGACGUCACUAGGACUAUAACUCUCGUCAAGGGAGUCCCAGUCGCUGUACCAGUUGACAGACCAGUGCCCUACCCUGUUGAGAAGCACGUCCCCUACCCCGUCAAGGUCCCCGUUCCCCAACCCUACGAGGUCGUCAAACAUGUGCCCGUUCACGUUAAGGAAUACGUUAAGGUUCCCGUACACGUACCUGCACCAUACCCGGUAGAAAAGAAGGUGCCCUACCCAGUCCAUGUGCCCGUUGACAGGCCUUACCCCGUCAAAGUACUUGUGCCCCAACCCUACCCAGUUGAGAAACACGUCCCUUACCCCGUAAAGGUGCCAGUUCCUCAACCCUACCCCGUUGAGAAGCACGUGCCUUACCCCGUCGAAGUUAAGGUACACGUACCCCAGCCCUACCCAGUUAUUAAACAUGUCGGUGUACCCGUAAAAGUUCCCGUUGACAGGCCUUACCCCGUGCAUGUGCCAGCUCCUUACCCCGUUGAAAAGCCAGUGCCAGUCGCUGUUCCAGUUGAGAAGCCCGUAGCUUACCCCGUGCACGUUCCUGUGGACAGGCCUUACCCCGUACACGUAGACAGACCUUACCCCGUACCUGUCAAGGUGUCCGUGCCUGAGCCCUAUCCAGUAUACAAACAUGUCCCUGUUGAGGUAGAAAGGCCAGUGCCCGUACCAGUGAAAGUGCCCGUCGACAGGCCUUACCCCGUACACAUUGAGAAGCACGUGCCAGUAGCCGUUGAGAAGCCCUACCCAGUGCCCGUCAAGGUGCCAGUACUGGUCAAUGAACAUGAUUACGGCAGCAGCUACGGCUACGGAGGCUCUUACUACGAACAU